AAAGCAAAGCAAAUAAAACCUACUCGGUUUCUUUCUGUUGAAGAAAACAGAGUGGCAAUUGUGUCUGAGAGAGCUCUGCCUCUGUGUGUUCCGACGUCAACAUCAUUGGCUGGCUCAUCGUAAUUCCAGAUCCUAAAAUCUCUCUCCCUCUCUCUCACUGUAGGAUCUGUUUCUCUCUCUAGAAUCUCCCCGUUGCUUCUCUGUCACGACCCACGUUUCAAGUCCCCAAAAGGGUAAAUAUUUGCAGUUCAAAGUAAUUCUCUUGGAUGGCUUUCGUUGGAAUUUACCUACUUGUUCUAUUUAUGGAAUUAACCACAUUGGCCCCAGAAAAUUUCGCUACUUACACACCCUCGCUCUGUUGUUCCCUUUCCGCCAUUUGAUUCCGUUCUGCAUAGCCCGAUUCCCCAAUUCACAUUCUUUCUGCAGGUUUGAUUCCUUCUCUCUAUAAUUCCCACUGAAUUAAAAAGCAUUGGCCUUUUUAGAACAAAAAAGUUUCCUGCUUGGGGUUUAUUUUGAUUCAUCGACAUGUUUUCGAUCUGGGUUUCUUGUAAUUUGUGAAUUUGGCAUUGGGGGAUUCUUAAUCUCAACUGGUAGUGUGAAGAAAUCCCCUCACUGGGUUGUUGGCAUUGGUGGAGUUUUCUUGAAUUUGGGGAUCUGGGUUCUUUUGUGAGUUCUACUUUUAUUGUUCUUGGUAGGUUUUCGUUUAGAAGCGUCAAUUCGGAGAUCUGGGUUGUCUCCCACUCCCAUUGUCCUUGGUUGUAGAAAUUUGAGUUGAACUGCUGUUCUUGCAUUUCGUAUUCAGUAAGUAAUUUGAAGGGUAUAUUCAUUAGAUAGAAGUUGUUAAUUGGAGAACUAAGUUAUUGAUCCGUUGAUUCUGGAAGUGGUGACGCAAUGCUGAUCGGAAUACAUGCAUUGGCUGCAAAAAUUGCGGCCUGAGAAAUGGCGUUUGGCGUUGGGAAUUAGACGAAUUUUGCAGUGUUCUUGUUGGAAUAAUAGGGGACUGCGGAGUAGAAUAAUGGGCUGCAUUUGCUCAAAAGGAAGUUUAUCCAAUGAAUAUGUUUCUGAGAAUCAUCGUAGAGACAAAGAACAAAAAUCAAACAAGUCAUCAAAACGGUCUGAAGCUGCAGUUGGGGCUGAUGCAACUGCACGGUUGAUAACCAAUCCUCACAAAGAAGACAAUGCAGAGUCAACUCCUAUUUCAUCAGAUGAAGGGGAGAAGAUGGUGGUUGCUGAGAAACCCACAAAACCCUUCACGGAGGGCGGGGCAAGUGGGGGAAAGUUGCCGUCUGGGCUGACUAGGAUAACCAGUGUAACAAAUGGAGAAAGAGGAGCACAAGUUGUUGCUGGAUGGCCUUCUUGGUUGACAGCAGUGGCUGGCGAAGCGAUCAGUGGAUGGGUGCCUCUCAAGGCAGAGUCAUUUGAGAAAUUGGAGAAGAUUGGACAAGGAACUUACAGCAGUGUGUACAGAGCCCGUGAUCUUGAUUCAAACAAAAUAGUUGCAUUGAAGAAGGUGCGAUUUGCCAAUAUGGAUCCGGAAAGUGUGCGUUUUAUGGCGAGAGAAAUUCUUAUUUUGCGUAGGCUUGAUCACCCCAAUGUCAUGAAGCUUGAAGGUCUGAUUACAUCAAAGGUUUCGGGCAGCUUAUACCUGGUCUUUGAGUAUAUGGAGCAUGAUCUUGCAGGGAUUGCAGCACGACCUGGAGUCAAGUUCACUGAAGCACAGAUUAAAUGUUACAUGCAACAGCUUCUUUGUGGACUUGAGCAUUGUCACAGUCAUGGUAUCUUGCACCGUGAUAUCAAGGGAUCAAAUCUUUUGAUUGACUAUCAUGGCAAGCUAAAGAUUGCUGACUUUGGGCUAGCAACCUUUUACAGACCCCGUCAAAAGCAGCCUCUGACAAGCCGGGUAGUAACCUUGUGGUACCGACCACCUGAACUUCUGCUUGGCUCUACAGAUUAUGGGGUUGCCGUGGAUCUGUGGAGUGCUGGUUGUAUUCUUGCAGAAUUAUUUGCUGGGAAGCCUAUCAUGCCAGGAAGAACAGAGGUGGAGCAACUACAUAAGAUAUUUAAACUUUGUGGCUCACCUUCUGAGGAAUACUGGAAGAGAUCAAAAUUGCCACAUGCAACUAUUUUUAAACCUACACAUCCAUACAAGCGAUGUGUUGCUGAGACAUACAAGGACUUCCCUCGAUCUGCAUUGGCCCUGUUAGAGGUUCUUCUAGCUGUAGAACCUGAAGGUCGGGGAACAGCUUCUUCUGCCCUUCAGAGUGAGUUCUUCACAUCUUUGCCUCUUCCCUGUGAUCCAUCAAGUUUGCCUAAGUACCCACCGAGUAAGGAGUUUGAUGCCAAGCUCCGAGACGAGGAAGCUAGAAGGCGGAAAGCAGCUAGUGGUAAAGGAGGGAGUUCCAAAGAACCAAAGGCUGUGCCAGCAUCAGAUGCCAAUGCAAUACAGCGACAAGGGCAGACUAACCCCAAAAGCAUCAGUGAGAAGUACAAUCCUGAAGAGGAUGGUGGCUCUGGCUUUCCUAUCGAGCCUCCCAAGGGAGCAGCAUCAAAUGCCUUCUCCCAUUCUGGCCAGUCAGUGCGCCCAAGUGCAUUUGAAUCUUUGCAAUCUAGCCAUUCUAAGAAUGGAUCUUACAUGUAUCGUGGAGCAGCCCAGUCGUCGAGGUAUUCUAAUUCAGCUUCAGUUCGAAGUGGUUCACGAUUUGAUGGUAUCGCAGAAAGUGCGAAUCCACACUGGCCAGAGGAGCGUAAGAAUGCCAGAUAUAACCAUUUAGACAACGGGGAGUCCUCUGUGAAACAUGAUUGGUCACACCAUCUUCUGGAAAGACCAAAGUCUUCACAUAAGAAGGAUGAACAGCCAUCUGGGAAGGAGUAUGCAACGGGUUACGGUAACAAAAAGAACCGGAUUCACUACUCUGGACCAUUGAUGCACCCUGGAGGAAACCUUGAGGAGAUGCUCAAAGAGCAUGAGAAACAAAUACAACAUGCUGUCCGCAAAGCUCGUCUAGACAAGACCAAAGCCAAGAAAGCUAACAGUGACAAUGGACAAACAGAAUCCCUACUUCAGCAUGUAAGAAACGGCAGGUGAUGACGGAAGAGAGAUUUGCACUGCCUUAAUUUUGAAAAGCCGGAGCUCCUUCAGAUUGGCAUAAUUCUGAUACUGAAGAAGUAUUCCUUUCGGGAACUUGACAAAUCUCACCACUGAAAGAUAAUCUGGGACGCACGGAGCUCCUUCUGAUUAUGUCACACCAAAUACAUACGUGAUUGUUGAAGAUGGUGAGAUAAGGUCGUCGUGUUGGUGUUGAGAUGCUGGAGACAAGCUGUGGAAGCUGAAACCCUAUCUGCUCAAUCAGCUCUAAUACAUUCUUUGUAAAGUAAAAGGUUAAGUUAUAUGAUUAAUUAGAAGGUUGUCAUCACAUUCACAAUACAAUGCUCUUUUCUUUUUCUUAUUUUCCCCUUUUCUUGCGAUGCUUUUGGCAUGGAAUACACAAGUGCACAUAAUUUAGGAUAAAGUCUCCGAUGUCUUCAGCUUGUUUGUCGUAGCUUAUUUUGUUUACUAGGCAAUAUUGUAAACUAUCUUAAAUACAGAGAUUCGAACUUGGCUGCAAGACGGCGAGCAUAUUGCUCUUGUUAAUUGCCCUAAUCCACA